AUGUAUCUGGUCGGCAAGGGAGCCGCGGACGCUAACACUAUUGAGGCACUAUUCUUGCAACCUGGUGUUGGAGUCAGGUGCGCUGCUGCUAACUUGCCAGGCGCCGCCUUGCCAAACGUUCCGCCCAAUCCCCAGGGCGGGCUGACGAUCAAGCGCGUGAUGGAGGAGACCGGCUGCCACAUCCACUUCCCGGACUCGAAUCGCACCAGCACCAUGGAGAAGAGCAACCAGGUGUCCAUCGCCGGCGACAUGGAGCGCGUCGAGAGGGCCAGGGCGCGCGUACGGGCGCUCACUCCGCUGGUGUUCAGCUUCGAGCUGCCGAUAGUGGCGCCCUCGCAGCCGCUACCCGACAUCAGCUCGCCUUACGUCCAACAAAUCCAGGAACAAUACAAUGUGCAGGUGAUGCUGCGCAACCGUCCGAAGCUGCACGCGAACCUGCUGGUGGUGAAGGGAGUGCAGUGGGAAGUGCAGGCCACCAUGGAGGCGACGGGGCUGCUCAUGAACUACAUGUGCGGGCCGCUGGCGGUGAGUGCGCGCGGAUCGAGCCAGACGCAGGUGCAGAUGAGCCUGGAGAUCUCGCCGAUGCACCACGGCGCGGUGGUGGGGCGCGGCGCGGAGCAGCUGAAGCUGAUCAUGAAGGGCACCGGCACCCAGAUCAUGUUCCCGGACGCGGACGACCCCAACAUCCCGGCCAUCAGGAAGAGCUGCGUCACCAUCACCGGCCGCAUGAAGGACGUCUACGCGGCGCGCCAGCAGCUCGUGGGCAGCCUCCCGCUGGUGGUGAUCUUCGACGUGGCGGAGGAGGCGUGCCGCGCCGACGCCGAGGCCGCCGGCAGACUGAUGCAGAAGCACCGCGUCUACAUCAGCGUGCGCCGCAAGCCCAAGCAGGGCAUCGCCUCCGUCGUCAUCAAGGGCGUCGAGCGCUGCGCCGGUGGGCACCCCCUUUCCACCUCCCAACGAUCAGAUCUCAAGUCUGUCUGCGACAUAUACGAGGCGCGGCGCGAGCUGCUCGGCGGGAAGGAGCCCGCGAUAGCGGCGGAGAUCCCCGAGUCGUACAACAUCCCGCUGCCGGCGGGGGCGGCGGGGGCGGCGGGCUUCGCCUACAGCCCGUUCGCGGCUUCGCCCUGCUCGCCGUUCGGGCUGCAGCUGGAGCUGGGCGCCAGCCCGCUGGGGGCGCCCCUCUCGCCCGGCACGCCGCCCCCCUUCGCCCCCUGGCUGCUCUCCCCGCAGCCGCGCCCCCAGAUGCACUUCCCCGCGAUGGCGCCGCACGGAGCAACGCCUGUGCUGUACAAGAGUCAGCCCGCCUCCUGGAACCCUAUGUGCGCUGGGACAGAGAUGGGCGGAAUGCAGCAGCCGGUGGUAAUGCCGCAGCCAUACCAGCAAAUGCCAGCCGAUGGCAGGCCCAUCACCCUGAGCCAGUUGCUGAACUCCAGCUCGCAGGCGAGCAGCGGCUACCAGAGCAACUUCACCGGCAGCUCCGUGUCCCUAGACGCUCAGAAUAUGUCCGGUGGCGAUGGCAGCAACGUGGUGUCGCCGUCGGUAUCGCCCAUCAGCAAGACCCACAGCCCGACACCCUCCACUGAAAAUGAACGCUCGCAGCAAGAGCUGGCGAGCCUCAUCUCCGAGCUGCCGCUGUCGGCGCGCCGCGCGGUCGGCUGCGAGAAGAAGACCCUGCAGAGCCUCGGCAAGCUGUCGCCGCGCACCGACUACCGUGCCAAGCGCGCCGAGGCCGACAAGGCCAUACGAGAAGGGGUGGGCAGCGGCUACCGUGUCCCGACGAGCCGCUGGUCCGGCUACUACUUCAGCCACACCUCUCCCGGGCCCAUCUCGCUCGUUGACAACGACGUAAUGACCACGCCUGAGAAAGGCUGGAACAGGUCGGAGCUGGUGCGGCCGAACAUCGUGGAGUCCCUGGCCUCGCCGCCGCAGCCCAAGCCGUGCCGCUACCAGCAGCUCUACGACUUGCUGCGGGACAUCGGGCUGCAGAAGUACAUCGGUGAGCGCCCCCCACCGCAGCGGCCCGGGUUCGACGCCGACCGCUGGAGACGGAGAGUGACGGCUAUGACUGGCGAAAAGUUACAAUCAUACGAAUUAAUACAGUUUUGGCCAAUAAACACGAGCUGUUCAAGAAACACGAGCUGGACAUGUCGACGUUCGCGUCCCUCAAACGAGGCCGAUCUCACCGAGAUCGGGGUCACAGCCUUUGGCGCGCGCAGGAAGAUGCUGCUAAUCAUCGCCGAGCUGCAAAAACAAGCGAACGCGUUCAAGGGCAACGCCACGCCGACGGAGAGGAAGCUGAUCAGCUCGCCGCCGCAGUACAACACGACAACGCUGUCGCAGGACAAAUGG